GCGGGAGCGAGCGGCUCGUCUCUGAGGACUGUUGUCGGCGUCCACUCACGUCAGCUGCAGCGCUCGUGUGCUCAUAAAACGCGGUCCCUGUAGCCUCCAACCUCUGAACUACAAAAAGAAGAACGACGUUUUCUCUUUUACGUUCUGGACUGCAUGGUUGUUCAGCUAUACCUUUCGGAGAUCCUUUGUCUUCUUGAUAUUUGACUGUCCAUUGUCUCUGGCGGAAAAGGGCAUCAACAAAAUUGACAGCAGGCUCCCUCUACCCUGGGAGACACUGACUGAGACGUGUUCACCGAUACUGUGGAAGAAGGGAGGCUUUAGAGUUGAUCGAGUCAUUGAACGUCCACGGUGGAUGCGUGCUGGUUCAGCCUCGACUUGGCCGAAGACAACGGGGAGUCUUGUUCAUGGAUGGAUUUUCUUUGACUCGUGCUAGCUGAGGGCUGUUGGAUCCACAAUCUGGAUAUUAAACAAUGUCUCUGAUGCUGAGGAUUUUUUUCAGUACCAAAUCCUAGAGAUAUUUUAUUAAAACUCUCCAGUCGCCGGUUCGUAGGCUACUUAUUGAGUGUUGUAUGCUGCACGUUGUCCUUCAUUAGAUCCCAGGCGGUCCAGCUCUUAGGGUAGUGGCUCGUCUAACAAUGCGGAUUAACCCCCUUGGACCAUUGUGUCAAUAAAACUAUGUGCACAUAGAACACUUCCGAAACGCCUGCUAUAACAAUUUGACGUAAAUCUUCUUGUUGGUUUUAAAAGUCCUGACAGCUAGUCGAGCCGAACAAGGAGACGAUAUAGUGCCGUGAGACGGUCUAACAAGUCUGGAGUUCGUCAGACAGAAGCUAUAACCCCCACCGGUGUCCGACCAGCGCUGAGCAAAGAUGGCAAACGACUCCAUACAAAGCGACCCCGGCGGGCUUUCGGUGCUGGAGCAGCUGGGUCUGGACCAGAGCACAGACUUCUCUGAGUCCAGCAUCCAGCAGCGUCUGGACGAGGAGCGGGAGAGGAUCCGCAGCGAGAUCCGCAAGGAGCUGAAGAUCAAGGUGGGGGCGGAGAACCUGCGGAGGGCCACCACGGACAAGAAGAACGCACAGCAAGUGGACAGUCAGCUGAGGAGCUCCAACCGCCGGCUGGAGGACCUCCACGCUCAGUUGCAGGAGCUGGAUGCUCACAUCGUGGUGAAGGGAGGAGAUGAGAGUAAAGACGAGUGUCCCCAGUCGCCGGGCACCGAGAGCCGGACCAGCGUCCAGCUGGACCGCAUCUCGGCCCUGGAGAGACAGCUCAACAUAGAGCUCAAGGUCAAACAAGGAGCCGAGAACAUGAUCCCCAUCUACGCUAAUGGAUCCACCAAGGACAAGAAGAUGCUUCAAACAGCCCAGCAGAUGCUGCAGGACAGCAAGACCAAGAUCGACAUCAUCCGCAUGCAGAUACGCAAGGCCGUGCAGGCCACCGAGCACAGCGACGACCCGCAAGGUAACAACGACAUGUACGGAGUGGAGCUGCGCAUCGAGGAGCUCCGUCACCACUACAGGGUGGAGCACGCGGUGGCCGAGGGGGCCAAAAACGUCCUGCGGCUCCUGGGGGCCAGCAAGGUUCAGGACAAGAAGGCCCUGAGCGAGGCCCAGUGCCUCCUGAGCGAGGCGUCCCAGCGCCUGGACCUCCUGCGGGACGCCCUGGACCAGAGGCUGGCCGAGCUCCCCGCGGACCACCCCAAGGCCAGCCUCAUCAAGGAGGAGAUGGUCCUGGCCGCCUCGCCAGCCUUCAGCUCCCGCCACGGCGCCCCCUACCUCCGCAACCAGUACAGCACCCUCAGCAAGCCCUCGCCGCUCACUGGUACCCUGCAGGUGCAGCUGUUGGGCUGUGUGGGCGUGCUGGAGGUGGUGCCUGGCCGCUCUAAGGGCACGUCGGCCAUGUUGCCGUGCUACAGCCCCGGGGACAGCAAGUCCUUCAUGCGGGGCACCAAGGGGCUCUACGGACGCAGUGGCUCGCUCAGCGGCAAGACCCCCAGCAAGACGGACGAGCUCUCUUCGGAGGUGAGUGCGGUCCUGAAGAUGGACAACGGCGUGGUGGGUCAGACAGCCUGGAAGACCGUAGGAGAUCAGGCCUGGGACCAGACCUUCACCGUGGAGCUGGAGAGGUCCAGGGAGAUGGAGAUAGCGGUGUACUGGAGGGACUACAGGUCUCUGUGUGCCCUAAAGUACCUGAAGCUGGAGGACUUCCUGGACAACCAGAAGCACGCAGUGCAGCUGGAGCUGGAACCACAGGGGCUGCUGCUGGCGGAGGUGACCUUUUUCAACCCUGUGAUCGAGAGAGUCCCUCGUCUUCAGAGGCAGAAGAAGGUCUUCUCCAAACAGCAGGGCAAGGCCUUCUUGCGUGCGCGGCAGAUGAACGUGGACAUUGGGACGUGGGUGAGGCUGCUGCGGAACGCCAUCCCCACCGUCAACAACACAGGAACCUACAGCCCCCACGCACACAGCCUCACCAGCGGGGAAAUCUGUAUGGAGAAGCUGAGUCUGGACAGCGACUCUCCAUACAAAGGAGAAAACAAGAGAGACACGGAAAACAACACGCCGGAGCGGGUGCCUGCUAUCGAGCCCUUCUCCCCCCCUGACCUCACUCCUGACCUCACCCAUGACCUCAACCCAGAGUGUACUGCCCAAACCCCCCCUGUUGACAGUAAGCAAAGAAAGGGCCCGCUGUCCCUCAAGGACUUCCGUCUGAUCGCCGUGCUCGGCAGGGGACAUUUUGGAAAGGUGCUGCUGUCGGAGUACAAGAAGAGCGGCACCAUGUACGCUAUCAAGGCCCUGAAGAAGGGAGACAUCGUAUCCAGGGACGAGGUGGACAGCCUCAUGUGCGAGAAGAGGAUCUUCGAGGCGGUCAACUCGUCCCAGCACCCCUUCCUGGUCAACCUGUUUGCGUGCUUCCAGACGCCGGAGCACGUGUGCUUCGUCAUGGAGUACACGGCGGGCGGAGACCUCAUGAUGCACAUCCACACGGACGUCUUCACAGAGCCGCGCGCCAUGUUCUACUCGGCCUGCGUUGUGCUUGGACUCCAGUUCCUUCAUGACCAUAAGAUUGUGUACAGAGACCUCAAGCUGGACAAUCUGCUGCUGGACAAAGAUGGCUACGUCAAGAUCGCCGAUUUUGGCCUUUGUAAAGAAGGGAUGGGUUAUGGUGAUCGGACCAGUACAUUCUGCGGGACCCCAGAGUUCUUGGCCCCGGAGGUGCUGACAGACACCUCGUACACCCGCGCCGUGGACUGGUGGGGGCUGGGGGUCCUCAUCUAUGAGAUGCUGGUGGGCGAGUCCCCGUUUCCAGGUGACGAUGAGGAGGAGGUGUUUGACAGCAUUGUGAACGAUGAAGUGCGCUACCCACGCUUCCUCUCCACUGAGGCCAUAGGCAUAAUGAGGAGGCUGCUGAGGAGGAACCCUGAGAGACGGCUGGGCUCCGGGGAGAAAGAUGCAGAGGAGGUGAAGAAGCAGCCAUUCUUCAAGUCCAUGGACUGGGAGGCGCUGCUCCAGAGGAAGCUCACCCCUCCCUUCGUGCCGCGCAUCGCGGGCAAGGAGGAUGUCAGCAACUUUGACGAGGAGUUCACCACCGAGGCGCCGUCCCUCACGCCGCCGCGAGAGCCCCGCACGCUCUCCCGCAAGGACCAGGACAGCUUCCGGGACUUUGACUACGUCUCCGACCUCUGCUAGUUGGAGCCCGCGUGGAGGGGGCCGAUGUUGGGUCAAAGGUCACCGGCUGUGGCAGGGGGGUCUGGUUUUUAGUUGAGGGCAGGGGUGGGGUGGUUGUUAUGUGAUCCUUGUGGAGAGUUUUAGGGGGGGGUGGGGGGUUCUGACCAUCGUGGGCGGACGGUGUCCUUUGACGUGUGGGAGUUUUCGCUCCACCUGCCACCCCGCUGUGAAUGAAUGGGGACAAACGUGUGUGUGUGUGUGUGUCUGUCUGUCUCUGUCUCUGUGUGGGUGUGUGUGUGUGUGUGUUCUUUCUCUGGACCAACAAGAGAUAUGGACACAGGCACCGAUGACUUGCGGCGUUGUGUCAGGAGACAAGAUGGAUGCCAUGAAAAUGAAGUACUAUCAAAAUCACACGCAAAAACAGUUAUUAGUAUCUGAUUGAUUAGUAUCUGAUCCUUUUUGUUUUCUUCAGGACUAUAAAGUGAUUUUCUUUUUUUUUUCUAUUCACACCAACGGCUGCUGUCAUACUACCAGUUGGUAGAACAGUAUCAUGCAGACAUUGCAUCUUCACUCGCCAGUGAUUAUCCUCCUCUGCCUGUAUGGGGUAGUCUGUCUAGCUAUGAAUCAGAGACCCUCAGUCUUUCUGUAACGUUUUAUAGAAGGCAGAUCUGUGUGACAUGGCCUCCUAGCCCGAUGCCUUACAUUUCUACUCGCCCACAAAAAAGCUUCAUUUUUUUUUUCUGUUUUCUUGUAAAUGUUGCGAUUGUCCAAGAAUGCAAUAAGUGAUUUGCGAAUGUCAGAAAAUAAGUGUUUAUACAUGGUUGUUCUUAAUGGAGCAGAGUGAAAUCGAUUUCAAAACAAACAAAAGCUUGGAGGAGUUUGGACUCAAUAUCUCAUAAAAGGACCUAGACUUGUAUCGUGACGACGGCGCCGCUGAAAACGCCGGCACAAGCGUGCUGUCUUAUGUGUUGGGGUGAAGAACCACUAUUCCAGGUUGUUGACCCUCUGUCAGGAGAAAGAGGUCUCGUUUGUUUAACUGUUGCUCUUCUCUACACAUUUCCUAUUUUUCUUAUUUGAGGUUUUAGUUUCUCUGCCCCAAAGGCAGGACGAUGAGUCUUGUUAUUUUAUUUUUAUUAUUAUGGAACCCUUCAAAAUGUUGCAUACAUCUCGCUGCUUAAUGGGGAAAUAUAGCGCCUUAGGCCCAUGCCUACUCUGUCUACCUUUUAAAAUCAUCACAAAAUCACGAGCCGUAACCAGCAGGAAAAAGAUGUGGGCAUGCAUUUUAAUUCACAUGGCAUUGGGGAAAAUUGAUCCGACCUAAAAAUUCAAGUCAAAAUGUUGAUUACCCAAGACGCACAAUUCUGUUGCUCUGAUGAAACCUGAGAUUUGAUGAUUUGUAGCUCAUGUUGCAGGAGUUCCUCUACCUGACCCCUCUUUAUAGAAAGGCAUUAUGAGCGAUACUGAAGAACUGCCUUGAAAUAAAAGCUUGAUGAUGUUUUAGUGUAUUAUUAUGACUGGUAGUUACCUGUAGCCUACUGCUAUUGUAGAGGAAGUAAGCUAUUUACCGACAAUCCCACCCAGGUGAAAAGAAAACAAACUGGUCUUGGCAAAGUUCUUAGAAACAGCUUGCCACAUCUUUUAAUUGUCAUGUUUCCCAUCGUGGCGAUACCAUCUCCAUUGUUCUGUAGUCUACUAAUGUGAAUGCAAGUGCUCUUGGAAAAACGGUUUCUUCAGGAGCAAAGACAAGUCAUUAUUAGGUGGGUGGGAUAAGCAAUAUUGUAUCAACUUUUGUGUGUGAAUUUGUUCAGUGAUUAUUGCAUUCUUGCUGUCCAUUCUUUACCACAUGAGAUACUAAAAACAAAAUAUCAUUUUAAGGAUUCUUGAACCAUUAUCCGUAAUCAUGAGUCUGUGGCCUGGUUCAUUUGUUUUCUGUGGAAUUCAGGCUCUGCUAUCCUAAAUCCUUGUCUGUAUCAAUUGUUGUUCAACUGUAUGUAUAACAAUGUGAACCGGAUUCCUCUUGUGUACGACAAUACAAAAUUGUGUGAAAGUAUGACAAGUGUAUUUUAUAAAGUUAUUUUUCGGUCAGAAGGA